AGUCGGCAUGGCGGUGCUGCUUGAAACGACUCUGGGCGACAUUGUGGUCGAUUUGUUUACAGAAGAAAGGCCGAAAACGAGUCUGAACUUCCUCAAGUUGUGCAAGAUAAAGUACUACAACUACUGCCUCAUCCACAAUGUCCAGAGAGAUUUCAUCAUGCAGACCGGGGACCCCACUGGGACUGGAAGGGGUGGCGAGUCGAUCUACAGCAAGCUAUACGGUGACCAGGCUCGCUACUUUGAGAUGGAGAAACUCCCACGCAUCAAGCACAAAAAGAAAGGAACGGUGUCCAUGGUGAACACCGGCAGUGGGCAGCAUGGGUCGCAGUUCCUCAUCACCUGCGGGGAGAGCUUGGACUACCUGGACGGGGUUCACACCGUGUUCGGGGAGGUGUCAGAAGGCAUGGACGUCCUGGCGAAGAUCAACGAGGCUUUUGUCGACAAGGAUUUUGUCCCGUUUCAAGACAUCCGGAUCAAUCAUACUGUCAUUUUGGAUGACCCAUUUGAUGACCCACCUGACCUACCAGUCCCGGACAAAUCCCCGGAGCCUACCAGAGAACAACCGGAUAGCGGCAGGAUUGGUGCCGAUGAAGUCAUUGAUGACACGGAAGGAAAGGCAGCGGAAGAGCUGGAGGAGAGAUUGAAAGAAAAAGAAGCUAAGACUCAGGCUAUCCUGCUGGAGAUGGUGGGCGACCUUCCGGACGCAGACAUGAAGCCGCCGGAGAACGUGCUGUUUGUGUGCAAACUCAACCCUGUUACCACCGACGAGGACCUGGAGAUCAUCUUCUCCCGCUUUGGUCACAUCAAGAGCUGUGAGAUCAUCAGGGACUGGAAGAGCGGAGACUCCCUCUGCUACGCUUUCAUUGAAUUUGAAAAGCAAGAGGACUGUGAAAAAGCCUAUUUCAAAAUGGACAACGUGCUCAUUGACGACCGGCGGAUCCACGUGGACUUCAGCCAGUCAGUAGCCAAGAUCAAAUGGAAAGGAAAAGGCGGUAAAUACACCAAGGAGGACUUCAAAGCCUAUGAAAAUGACCUGGAGAAGCGCUCCAAGCUGACCCUGAAAGACCAGGCCAAACCCAAACAAGAUUCCAAAUACGACCUUCUGCUGGACGAGGAGGAAGAGGAGCGGGGACAUUCUGAGAAGAAACACAAAGAGAAGAAGCACCAUCAGCAUCACCACCACUGGGAGGACGACAGCAGGAAGUCGAAAAAGCACAAGGAAGGCGACAGCCGGCGAGACAGGAGGCGCUCUCGCUCCCGCUCCAGAGAUCGGGAGCACAAACACAAGCCUCACUCCAAACACGGAAGAGACAAAGGUCACAGCUACAGGGAGAGAAGUCGCAGUCGAUCGCCCGGAAGGUCGAAAGAUAAAGACCGGAGUAGAUACAGAUGAGACCACGUGCCACUGAUUCGGAUGACUCGGCAGAAAAAAAAAUAAAAAGAUUUCAACCAUUACUGAUCAAGAUAUGACACUUCCUCUUUUCAAAGUUCACCAACCACUCAUCCGUUCCGUUUGACCUUCAGCAAUUUAGGAGUGGUGCUUUUUAAGAUUCAUAAGGCGGGUGGAAAAGGCUGGGUGGUGUCUGCCUCCUCCCACCUGAGGCAGCUGCUGUGGUCUGACAGCGUGGAAUCAUGUUGACUGGUCUCAUCGGUGGAACAUCAAAGCUGCAGGAGUCCAAACUGAAAAAACAACAACAGUGUGAGACCAGCUCUGCUUUCAUGAUGAACUCAUGGUGUUUCUUGGAAUUACUGUCAUUAUUUGAAGUGCAACAUUGACAUCACGUCGAAGGGCCUGUCGUCAAUAUAGUGUGUAAACUCUGGUGCGCUCACGCUCAAAGAGAAAACUCAUUUCAUAAGCCAGUUAGUCAGACUGAAGUACAAAAUAAUGUCACCAAGGAACUGUGUUUUCUACUGUCAAACCACUUCUCUUAAAAUAAAAAUUACGUAAGGUUGUGGGGUUUUUUUUUUACUUG